AUGCCUAGAUCAAAACGUUCCAAGCUAGUUACUUUAGCCCAAACUGACAAGAAAGGUAGAGAGAACAAAGAAAGAAUUUUCGAUGAGAUCAGAGAAUCAUUAGACACUUUCAGAUACUGCUGGAUCCUGUAUUUGGACGAUGUUAGAACUCCAGUUUUACAAGAUAUUAGAACUGCUUGGACUGGUUCAAAAUUAAUAUUAGGUAAAAGAAAAGUCUUGGAAAAGGCUUUAGGUGAAAACAGAGAAAAUGAAUACAAGGAAAAUAUUUUUAAAUUGAGUAAACUAUGUAAGGGUGUCACUGGUUUAUUAUUCACAAACGAAGAUGUCGAAACCACUAAAGCAUAUUUUGAAUCAUAUACAAGAAUGGAUUACUCAAGACCAAACUCUAGAGCCCCAUUAACUUUCACUAUCCCAGAAGGUAUUGUAUACUCUCGUGGUGGUCAAGUUCCAAUCGAAGAAGAUGUCCCAAUGGUACAUUCUUUAGAACCAACUUUAAGAAAUAAGUUUGAAAUCCCAACGAAGAUCAAAGCAGGUAAGAUCACUUUAGAAGCACCUUACUUAGUUUGUGAAGAGGGUAAAAAAUUAGACGUCAAACAAGCAUUAAUAUUGAAACAAUUUGGUGUUGCCGCCUCUGAGUUUAAGGUUAAGGUCGUUGCCUACUAUGACAAUGAAUCUACUACUGUUGAAACAGUCAACAUCAAUAUGGAAGAAGAUUAA